UUUCUGUUCAUCUGAAUGGCCCACAUUUAAUGUGGGCUGGCCAAGGGAUGGUACAUUCGACCUUAAUAUUAUCUCGCAGGUCAAAGCCAAAGUGAUGGACCCCGGCCCUCAUGGGCACCCAGACCAGGUGGCCUAUAUCGUGACCUGGGAGGCAAUGGCUUACGAUCCACCACCCUGGGCUAAGCCUUUUGUCCCUCCCAAACCCCUACUUCCUCCAUCUGCUCCCACCUUACCCCCUCCAGUCUCCUCCUCUCCAGCAGGACCCCCAAUCCGCUCGUCUCUAUAUCCAACCCUUACUGACCCUUCAAAAACCAAACCUCCCCCUCCGCAGGUUCUGCCCGCGGGGGAUGACCUAUUGGUAGACCUCCUCACGGAGGACCCCCCUCCCUACCGAGAACAGGCCCUCCCGCCUCAGGUGGCCGACUCGACCGAUGAAAACGAGGGGCCUGCCGCGCCAUCUCCCGCUGCCCCGUCCCCCAUGGCAGCCCGCUUAAGGGGACGGCGAGACCAGCAGCUGGCCGCGGAUUCUACUUCCUCUCAGGCAUUCCCUCUCCGGACCGGAGGAAAUGGCCAACUACAAUACUGGCCGUUCUCCUCCUCCGACCUAUAUAACUGGAAAAAUAACAAUCCCUCUUUUUCUGAAGACCCAGUUAGGCUGACUGCUCUAAUUGAGUCGGUCCUGAUUACUCAUCAGCCCACCUGGGAUGAUUGCCAACAAUUACUGCAGACUUUGCUGACUUCGGAGGAGAAGCAGAGAGUCCUCCUGGAGGCUCGAAAGGCGGUUCGGGGAGCAGACGGACGUCCCACCCAGCUGCCUAAUGAGAUAGACGCCGCCUUUCCCCUCGAACGUCCCAAUUGGGACUUCACCACACAGGAAGGUAGGAAUCACCUAAUCCUCUAUCGCCAGUUGCUCAUAGCGGGUCUCCAUGGGGCGGGCCGACGCCCCACCAAUUUGGCGAAAGUUAAACAGGUACUGCAGGGACCGGGAGAAACUCCCUCAGCGUUCUUAGAGCGGCUCAAAGAAGCCUAUCGUAGAUACACCCCGUAUGACCCAGAAGAUCCAGGGCAAGAAACUAGCGUAGCUAUGUCUUUCAUUUGGCAAUCUGCUCCAGAUAUCAAACGCAGACUCGAGCGCCUAGAAAACUUAAGGGAGAGUUCGCUCAGGGACCUACUAAAGGAGGCAGAAAGAAUCUUUAAUAAACGAGAGACUCCAGAAGAGAGGGAGGAUCGUCUUAGAAAGGAGGCAGAGGAAAGAGAGGACCGUCGCAGAACGGAAGCUGAGGAAAAAGAAAAAGAAAGGGACCGCAAGAGACAUAAGGAAAUGAGCAAACUCUUGGCCACCGUAGUUUCCAGUCAAAGACAGGGUAGACAGGAGGGAGACCGAAGGGGGCCCCAGGUAGAGAAAGAUCAAUGUGCAUACUGCAAGGAGAAAGGACAUUGGGUCAAAGACUGCCCCAAAAGACCGAAGGGGCCCCGGAAGCCACGACCCCAGACCUCCCUCCUAACCUUGGAAGACUAGGGGGGUCAGGGUCAGGAGCCCCCCCCUGAGCCCAGGAUAACUCUUGACGUCGGGGGGCAGCCAGUCACCUUCCUGGUGGACACUGGGGCUCAACACUCUGUGUUGACCCAAAACCCCGGACCCCUGAGCGAUAAAUCCGCUUGGGUCCAGGGGGCUACCGGGGGAAGAAGAUAUCGAUGGACAACCGACCGCAAGGUACAUCUGGCUACUGGUAAGGUGACUCAUUCUUUUCUCCAUGUCCCGGAUUGCCCAUACCCAUUACUGGGAAGAGACCUGCUGACUAAAUUAAAGGCCCAAAUAUACUUUGAAAAUUCGGGGGUGCGAAUUGUGGGGCCACAAGGACAGCCCCUGCAUGUGUUAACCCUAAAUUUGGAAGAUGAAUAUCGGCUCCAUGAGCCACCUAGAGACCCCAAAACCGCACUAGAGACUUUUUGGCUGUCUAAAUUUCCCCAAGCAUGGGCAGAGACUGGGGGUAUGGGAUUGGCCACUCAACAAGCCCCCUUGAUUAUAUCGCUAAAAGCGACUGCUACCCCUGUCUCAAUCAAACAAUAUCCCAUGUCGCUUGAAGCUAAGACGGGAAUCAGACCCCACAUACGGAGACUCCUGGACCAAGGGAUACUAACACCCUGUCAGUCCCCCUGGAAUACUCCCCUAUUACCUGUCUAAAAGCCGGGAACUGGGGACUAUCGGCCAGUCCAGGACCUCAGAGAAGUUAACAAACGGGUAGAAGACAUACAUCCCACCGUGCCUAACCCCUACAAUUUGUUAAAUGGGCUUUCCCCGUCUCAUAAUUGGUACUCAGUAUUGGACUUAAAAGAUGCAUUCUUUUGCCUGAGACUUCACCCAGAAAGUCAGCCUAUAUUUGCCUUCGAAUGGAAGGACCCAGAAUUGGGGAUUUCGGGACAACUAACUUGGACCCGGCUCCCACAAGGGUUCAAAAACAGCCCUACCCUGUUCGAUGAGGCGCUGCAUAGGGAUCUGGCCGAUUUCAGGAUUCAACACCCUACCCUGAUUUUGCUCCAAUAUGUGGAUGACCUCCUACUGGCGGCUACCUCAGAACAGGAAUGUAAAGAAGGCACCAAGGCCUUACUAUUGACCCUAGGGAACCUGGGCUAUAAAGCCUCCGCCAAAAAGGCUCAAAUUUGCCAAAAGCAGGUCACUUAUCUGGGGUACCAAAUCAAAGAAGGGCAAAGAUGGCUGACUGAGGCCAGGAAAGCGACAGUUAUGAACAUGCCUGUACCUGGGACCCCUCGGCAGCUGAGGGAGUUCCUGGGGACAGCAGGGUUCUGUCGCCUAUGGAUUCCAGGAUUUGCUGAAAUAGCAGCCCCUUUAUACUCACUCACCAAAUCAGGGACUCUGUUCAGGUGGGGCGAGGACCAACAGAAGGCAUAUCAGGAAAUAAAGCGGGCCUUACUCACCGCUCCCGCAUUGGGACUCCCAGACCUAACUAAGCCAUUUGAACUGUUUGUGGACGAAAAACAGGGUUACGCAAAAGGGGUCCUAACUCAAAAACUGGGUCCUUGGAGACGUCCUGUAGCUUAUCUCUCGAAGAAGCUCGACCCAGUGGCUUCAGGAUGGCCGCCCUGCCUGCGAAUGGUAGCGGCGAUUGCAGUCCUCACCAAGGACGCGGGAAAAUUAACUCUGGGCCAGCCAUUGACCAUCCUGGCACCACAUGCGGUGGAGGCCUUGGUUAAGCAGCCUCCAGACCGUUGGCUCUCUAAUGCCCGCAUGACCCACUACCAAGCCAUGCUCCUGGAUACGGACCGGGUGCACUUCGGACCUGUGGUAACCCUAAACCCUGCAACCCUGCUCCCUUUGCCGGAGGGAGGGGCGAAACACGAUUGCCUCGAGAUCCUUGCGGAAAUGCACGGGACCAGACCGGACCUGACGGAUCAACCCCUCCAGAACGCUGACUUCACCUGGUAUACAGACGGGAGCAGUUUUCUGCAGGAUGGUCAGCGGAGAGCUGGGGCUGCAGUAACCACCGAGACCGAGGUAAUCUGGGCAGAAACCCUUCCAACCGGGACCUCGGCCCAGCGGGCUGAACUCAUAGCACUCACCCAGGCGCUCAGGCUGGCAGAAGCUCACUUACAGGCACUCCAGGCCGUACAGAGGGAAGUUUGGAAACCACUGGCUGCCGCUUACAGAGACCAGCUGGACAGACCAGUGAUACCCCACAACUACCAAAUUGGUGACGCAGUCUGGGUCCGCCGGCAUCAGACAAAGAACUUGGAACCCCGCUGGAAGGGACCCUACACCGUACUGCUGACCACUCCCACUGCUCUCAAGGUCGACGGCAUUGCGGCUUGGGUCCACGCCUCCCACGUAAAAGCAGCCCGAUCGGACGAGGAAACAUCAACAUCAUCAUGGAAGGUUCAGCGUUCUCAAAACCCUCUAAAGAUAAGACUCACUCGGGAGCCCCGCUAAUCAUCUUAUGGGCCCUGCUAGGACUAGAAAAAGGGGGGAUGGCCAGGAGCCCUCAUACUAUUUAUAAUAUAACUUGGAAAGUCACUAACCUUAUGACAGGGCAGGUUGUCAAUUCCACCUCCAUGUUGGGGACUACAAAGGAUGCUUUCCCAACCCUAUACUUUGACCUCUGUGACCUAGUGGGGGACUCAUGGAAUCCAUCAGACCAGGAGCCAUUCCCCGGGUAUGGCUGCCACCACCCCGGGGGACGGCAUGGGACAAGAGCCAGGGAUUUCUAUGUGUGCCCAGGUCAAAAUUUUAGGAAGGAAUGCGGGGGGCCCGCAGAUGGGUACUGUGCCCAAUGGGGCUGCGAAACCACAGGAGAUGCCUAUUGGAAGCCGUCCUCAUCCUGGGACCUAAUCACCCUCAAGUGAGGAACCACCCCUGGUUUUACGGGUGCAGGACCUUGGGUAUGCACGUCUACCGAUGGCAAACCCAAGGACUGGUGUGGCCCCUGUUAUGACUCCUCGUCUAAAAAGGUUCCAGGGGCCACCCUAGGGGGCAGAUGCAAUCCUCUAGUUCUCGAUUUUACCGCCCAAGGUAAAGCAGCAAUCUGGGAUGGUCCCAAGUCCUGGGGACUGCGCCUCUAUCGCUCGGGAUAUGACCCCAUCACUAUGUUCUCCCUAACGAGGCAAGUGACCUCUGCCUCACCAACAGUACUUGUCGGGCCAAACCCGG